AAAAAUCUUGUGACCCAAGACCCAAUGUUCUGCGCUACAGAGAGAUAAUGCGGCCUGUAAUCCAAUUUUUGUCAAUCCUUUUCAUAUUCCGCUUGUCUUAUACUAGCUGCAACGAUGUUUCUAGCGAAAAAUGGCCAACAGUGGGCAUAUCUGUGCUGGUUCGCAAUAAAGAGCACACAUUGCCCUAUUUCCUGAGUUGUCUGACGGAAUUGGACUAUCCAAAAGACAGGCUGUACAUUUGGGUAUACAGUGAUUUCAAUGAAGAUGGCAGCAUCAAUAUUCUGGAAAAAUGGGCAGCUAGACACAAGUCUGAAUACAAUGAUAUAAUAAUAGCAGCUAAUAAAACUAGUGGGCCUCGUCAUGAAGAUGAAAAGGAUGCUGUACAUUGGAGUCCGAAGCAUUUCAAGCAUGUUAUACGGCUAAGAGAAGAAGCAUUGAGUUAUGCUAGGAAAAAAUGGGCAGACUUUUUAUUUAUGCUGGAUGCUGAUGUGUUUCUGACAGAAAAGCAGACUCUCAAAAGUCUAGUCCGGAAAGAUGUACCAGUGGUGGCCCCCAUGCUCAUCUCUGACGGCCUCUACUCAAAUUUUUGGUGUGGAAUGAACGAGAAUUAUUAUUACGAAAGAACGGACGACUACAAGCCGAUCUUAACAAGAACCGAGAUUGGAUGUUUCAGUGUACCUAUGGUGCAUUCUGCGGUGCUCAUGUCGCUGCGGCGUGAGGUGUCUGACGUCCUCACUUAUGACAAUACGCAGAUAAAAGGCUAUGAAGGACCUGAAGACGAUAUCAUAGCGUUUGCUGUCAACGCGAAAUAUCAUGGGAUCAACCUAACCGUCUGUAACGACCUCCUGUACGGUUUCGUCCCGGUGCCCCUAGAGGAUGGUGACGACCUAACCCAAGACCAGGAACAGCUGCUCAACGUCAAACUAGAAGCUAUCAGCCGAGGCUCCCCUAUUGCUCUACUAGAUACCUUCGAGCCUUUGAUAAAAUACCCGAAACGUUGGAGGUUUGGAUGCGAUGAGAUAUACAUGAUCAACUUGGAGAGACGGACGGAGAGACGGGAGUUGAUGGAGAUGAGCUUUAAAGAGCUUGGGAUGGAGUUUACGACGGCUAAGGCGGUUGAUGGGAGAAAUCUGAACCUAAAUGACUUGAGAGAAUAUUCUGCCACCAUAAUGCCUAACUACAUGGAUCCGUAUCAUAAAAGACCAAUGAAGGCGGGCGAGGUCGGAUGUUUCCUAAGCCACUACUAUGUCUGGGAAAAGAUAGCGAAGCAACGCCACGGCAUCGCGCUAGUAUUGGAGGACGAUAUCCACUUCGCACCGUACUUCCGGUACCGCUUCCAACAGCUGCUGACGGAACUCAAACAUUUGGACUGGGACCUCGUAUACAUCGGACGGAAAAUCCUUCAAAGCGACGACGAAAAAUAUGCCACGGAGCACACCGUCCGCCCCCUCUACUCGUACUGGACGCUCGGCUACCUACUGAGCGCGCGAGGGGCUUCCAAACUACUGGCAGCCAAGCCGCUCGAGACCAUGCUGCCCGUCGACGAGUUCCUGCCCAUCAUGUUCGACCAGCACCCCAAUGACACAUGGAAAUCUUACUUCCCUAACCGCAACCUGUUGGCGUUCUCUUCCGCGCCUCUCCUGAUACACCCAACACACUACACCGGCGACGAGGGCUACAUCAGCGAUACCGAGGACUCCACCGUAUUAGGCGACCACGGUGACAACGGUGACCGCGGUGACCGUGGUGACCGCGGCGACCGCGGCGACCGUGGUGAUCGCGGUGACCGCGGGGCCCCGUCUGAGCACGUCAAGAACGAGCUAUGACCGCUGCCCUCUUUCAAAACUAAGAUUCCUAACCAUUCAGCUAAUGUAGCCGUGAAAAGGCGACAAAGGCGAACGCUAUGGAAGUAAGGUUAGAUUAUCGUAUUGAUGUGGCUAAGUGAUAUAUACAGAUAACCACUAGAUCCCGAUUUAUCGUUUUGUUUUGCAUUUUUACUUGACAGUUAAAUUUAAACUACAUGGCAUAUUCGUCGGCCCGCCGUUAGAAGGAUUUACAUCCUGUGCUUGACAUAGUACUAAGCCGCGAGCCGCAUUUUUUAACUUGUUAACGUUUGCGACCUGAGUGCGUAUAAAUUCAACAAAAAAAUCGUAAUAAAUUUAAUUCCUUGUAAAGGUAACAAAACACUCUGUCCAAUACUUUCCGCUUCACAACUACUUAUUGAAAUACUGAAGCAAAAUUAGGAUAAUAUAAUUUAUUUCUAUAAUGUUGCCAUUAUGAGUGUCAUAAAGUUACUCUUCUGGUCAAGUUGCACCAAAAUUAAAUUAGUAUUAGUACCUAAUGUCAACUAGGUACAAUUAUCUAUACUCUACCUCUUGAUAUGUUGUUCUGUUUUGUUAUCACUGUCCGAAUUUUAUUUUGUAGGUCAUAAUUGCAUUUAUUAGAGUUAUAUAAUAAUAUAAUAACUUACACAACAAACUUAAACAU